AUGGCCCCCUCGUAUGCUCUGCAGCUCUUCCUGCUGCUGGCCUCCCGCAUCGGGGCUGGCACCCCGCUCACCUCCUCCAGAGCUGGAUCCAGCGGCUCAUCCCUGGGCUCCGGUGCCAGUGCUCCCUCCAUCAAGUCCUCAGGCCCAGCAGCCCCUGUGGAGACUGUGGAGUCCGGGCGCUCUCCCAAAGCCCAGCAUUCCCACGACCACAUGUCCAGGCCUGUCGGGUCAGCUGCUUCCGAGGAAGGGUGGAUGGUGAGCACCUACAUCCCGGGGACCGAAAUGCCCCCUGAUGAACCAUGCCCGGAGCCUGCCUGUGCCUCUGCUGAGACGCCCCCUGCAGGCGUUUCCACCCAGCUUCCAGGCGUGAAAGGACCCCCAGACGCCCCAGGCUCUGCCUUCUUCCCUGAGCUUCUGGAUUCUGAGUUUUCUCCCCUGAACCCUGAAUCAAGAGCCCCUGCAGAGACAGACUCUGGGGCGAGCUUUCCACAGCAGGUGGGGGGCCCUCUCGCAGUCCUUGUGGGGGCCACCAUCCAGCUCCCACUGCUUCCGGUUCCCAGCCCUGGGCCCCCUGCCCCACUGGUGGUGUGGCGGAGGGGCACCAACGUGCUGGCAGCAGGUGGCCUUGGGCCAGGACAGCCGCUAAUCAGCCUGGACCCAGACCCGGCAGUCCGAGACCGGCUGCACUUUGACCAGGCUCGUGGGGGUCUGGAACUCUCUUCAGCCCAACUGGUUGAUGCUGGUGUUUACACGGCUGAGGUCAUCCGGGCUGGGGUCUCCCGGCAGAUCCGAGAGUUCACGGUGGGUGUGUACGAACCCUUGCCCAAGCUCUCCGUGCAGCCCGCGACCCCCGAGACAGAGGAGGGGGCGGCCGAGCUCCGGCUCCGCUGCCAGGGCUGGACGCCGGCCAGCGGGCAGCUGAGCUGGAGCCGGGAAGGGCGCGUGCUGGAGGCCGCGGACCCCGAGGGGGCGGCGGCCCGGGUCCGCGUCGAGGGCGACCAGCUGCUCAUCGCGCGGCCAGUGCGCAGCGACCAAGCGCGUUACACUUGCCGCGUCCGCAGCCCCUUCGGCCACACGGAGGCCGCAGCCGACCUCAGUGUCCUCUACGGCCCGGAUGCGCCGGUGAUCACCGUCUCCUCCGAUCGCGACGCCACCCCCGCCCUCUAUGUCACGGCCGGCAGCAACGUGACCCUGUACUGCGCCGCCGCCUCGCGGCCUCCCGCCGACAUCGCGUGGAGCCUGGCCGACCCCGCCGAGGCCGCCGUGCCCGCCGGUCCGCGCCUCUUGCUGCCGGCGGUCCGGCCCGGGCACGCGGGCGCGUACGCCUGCCUGGCCGGGAACCCGCGCACCGGGCGCCGCCGCCGCUCGCUGCUCAACCUCACGGUGGCGGAUCUGCCUCCAGGGACACCACAGUGCUCAGUCGAAGGGGGGCCUGGGGACCGCAGCCUGCAUUUCCGCUGCUCGUGGCCCGGGGGAGUCCCCGCCGCCUCCCUACAGUUUCAGGGUCUCCCUGAAGGCGUCCGCGCAGACCCAGCACCCUCUGUGAUACUGGCAGCUGUCCCUGUCCACCCCCGACUCAGCGGCGUCCCUGUCACCUGCCUUGCUCGCCACCUGAUGACCACACGCACCUGCACUGUCAUACCAGAGGCCCCCCGAGAAGUGCUGCUGCUCCCUGUGGUGGCGGAGACACGGUCAGGGGAGGUGGAGGUGGUGCUGGAGGCCACGGGCUGCCCACCGCCGUCCAGCACAUCGUGGGCCCGGGAGUGGCGGCCCCUGGCCCCCGGUGGAGGAGGUCGUCUGCAGCUCAGCCAGCGCGGCCGGAGGCUCCUCAUCAGCAACUUCAGCCUGGACUGGGACUUGGGGAAUUACUCCGUGUUGUGCAGUGGGGCCCUGGGUGCCGGGGGUGACAAGAUCACGCUCAUUGGACCCUCCAUCUCCUCCUGGAGGCUGCAGAAAACACGGGACAUGGCAGUGCUGACUUGGGAUGUGGAGCGCGGGGCCCUCAUCAGCAGCUUUGUGAUCCAGGCUCGGCCAGAGGGGCCAGAGCCAGGCAGAGCUGCGGCCCACAGGGACUGGGUUUCCUUGCUCACACUGGGGCCUCGGGAGCGCUCAGCUGUGGUGCCCCUGUCACCUCGGGACCAUGGGUCCUGGGCCUUGCGCAUCCUGCCCACCCUGGGCCACCAGCCAGGGACCCCUUCACGAAGUCGGAUCUACCAGGCUGGCCGCACCCUCAGCACUGGAGCUGUUGCCGGCAUUGUUCUGGGCUCUCUGCUGGGCCUGGCGCUCCUCUUGGUUCUCCUUAUUUUGUGCAUCUGUGGCCUGUGUCGCUGCUGCCGAGGAGAAACUCUUAAAGAAAAGAAGCAUUCCCCUACCUUGACCCCAGUGGUCUCCCUGGCAGAAAAGACGAUGCAGAGUGUGACCCCUGUGCAGACUCCCCAAUCUCCACCUCUCAAAGUACCAUUAGACCACCCUAGCCCUAAAAGGGCCUGCCAAACCACAGACUUUUAUAAUCGAGCCAUCACUCCAGCUGCUCAGUGCCCUUUCCCCAUGCUCCUCACCAUGACCUUCAAGUUUUGGAGUUUGACCCCAUGA